AUGAAGAUGCACUUCAGCAUCCCUCUCUCCGAAGAGCAGCUGGAGAAGUUUGGCGGCCGCUACGUGGUGGAACAAGUGUUCUUGCAGGGAUUGAUUAAAUGUUUGAUAUUUGGUAAUAGAUUAGUACCAUUUAAACAUCAUUUAUCUUUUCAGCUAAGACGAGUCUUUGGAAAAGGAAUGCCUUCGUUUCCGCCAAAAUUUUUCCUUACAAUGACAAAGUCAAUGGCUGAUGAAAGGAGAACGCAGCUAGAACAGUAUCUACAGAAUGUUUCCGUUGAUCCAAGUGUUACAAACAGUGAUGUCUUUAUUAGUUUCUUUAGAAAAUUACAACAGGAAACAUUUAAAAUCCAAACCCAACAAGCUUUUUUGGAUGUUUAUCUUCCUGAUGGAAGGUAUCUCAGGAUUGAUGUUCAGACAUCAGAUACUGCUGAAAGAGUGCUAGAGGUGAUAUCAUACAAGAUUGAACUUUCUAGGGAGCUAAUACGAUACUUCGGCUUAUUUCUUAUUCACGAUCACAACAAUGGACAAAUAUCUGUGUUGAAAAAACUAGCAGAAUUUGAACUUCCUUAUGUGAGUCUCCGGAGUGCAAAAGAAUCGGCUUGUAAGAUUGGGAUCAGAAAAUGGUAUAUGGAUCCUUCUCUAGAUAAAGUGUUGAUGGACUGUAGAACUUCGGUGAACUUACUUUAUAUGCAGGUUGUACAGGAGCUAGAGAUGAGUUGGGUCAAACCUACUGAGGAACAGAGGCAGAAGCUUCUAAUGCUGCAAAAAGCACCAAAUAAAUUGAAGUUUUUAGAGCUGGUUCGAGAGAGCCAGCAUUAUGGAUAUAUACAACUUGUUCCUUGUUCCUGUGACUACCCUGAACUUGGUUGCACUGCUACUAUUCACGUGGGAAAUAAUGAGAUUAGCUGCUGCAUAAAGUUGCCUAGCAAUCAGAUCAAAGAGGUCAAUUUCAAAAUCAACAGAAUAAGGUGCUGGCAAGUCACAUUUCUUGGAUCCAUUUUAGGCCAUGGACUUGAUCAAUUCUUGGAACUCAGAAUCGAGUACAAUGAAUCCGAUAAGUGGAAAUGGAUUGUCUUCAAUACAAAGCAGGCAUUUCUUCUGAGCAGUUGCUUAAAAAAGAUUAUAUCAGAGCAGCUGAUGACAACAACCAAGAACGAUCAAGAGAUGCAGAUUGAGCAUCCAGAAUUAGACACAGCUAAGAAAGUAAGCAUCCGUCCAAGUCAGAUAUUUCAUUCUGGUUUUAAGUCAAGAAAAUGGCUACACAGUAGUAGAUCAAAUGAAGAUGAUUGUGUAUUUGAGAAGAUAAGCGAAGAAGAUUUGUGAUCGACACUGAUACAGAGAAUAUUCAUUCUUGCUGGUUUUGAAAUAUCACUUAGCCAGGAUCCUUAAUGGCAAGUUGCAUCAUUUAGGGCCCCAGACAUUACAGAGAGUCCUUGACU